AUGCUGAACGAGCGAAGAUACGAGGAAGACGCGGGAGUGGAUGCGGAUCGCAAUGGCAAUGGCUAUCUCCCAUACCACCAGGCACCAGGGCUCGAGGGGUUUAACUUUGAAAGUGACAGGACAAUUACUUCAAGCGCGAUGGCAUCCUCUGGACAAGGUGGUCUGGGAACAGGAGCAGGAGCAGGAACGGGAACGGGAACGGGAAUGGGAACAACUGCUGGAGGUGCCGGUACAGGAGGAGUCGGGUGGAGCAAAGAAGUACGUUACGCACCGUUUGCGAGUGUCAACUCGGCGCUACCAUCGGCAUUACCACCGGCACCGGCACCGGCACCGCCGCCACCACCACUUCCUCUUCCUCUUCAGAUGCAGCAACGGACUUACUCCCGAUCCAUGACCUCACUGCCCCCAGAGCCUUUCAUGAUAAUGAGAUCAAAGGCUUUGAAUAGACGUGUAUCGAUAAACGUCGGGGGCGUUAAGCACGAAGUAUUGUGGCGAACUUUGGAGAGGUUACCGCACACGAGACUCGGACGUCUUCGAGACUGUAACACUCAUGAAGCAAUAACUGAAUUAUGCGACGACUACUCGCUUAUUGACAAUGAAUAUUUUUUUGAUCGUCAUCCGAAAUCUUUUAGCUCAAUUUUAAAUUUUUAUCGUACUGGAAAACUCCAUCUCGUUGACGAGAUGUGUGUAUUGGCGUUUAGCGACGAUCUUGAGUAUUGGGGAGUCGAUGAAUUGUAUUUAGAGAGUUGUUGUCAGCACAAAUAUCAUCAGAGAAAAGAGCAUGUACACGAGGAGAUGAGGAAGGAGGCUGAGUCGUUGCGGCAAAGGGAGGAGGAGGAAUUCGGGGACGGCAAAUGUGCGCAAUACCAAAAGUGGCUAUGGGAUUUGCUUGAAAAACCCACCACAUCAAUUGCCGCCAGGGUGAUAGCUGUGAUAUCAAUAUUGUUUAUUGUGCUAUCGACGAUUGCACUGACACUCAACACCAUUCCCAGUAUGCAAGUUAACGAUGAGAAGGGAAACUUUCAAGACAAUCCUCAACUAGCGAUGGUCGAAGCGGUCUGCAUAACUUGGUUUACCCUGGAGUACUUGCUUAGAUUUAGUGCUUCGCCAGACAAGUGGAAGUUCUUCAAAGGCGGCUUAAAUAUAAUAGACUUACUAGCAAUAUUGCCGUACUUUGUGUCCCUGUUUCUCGUAGAGACAAACAAGAACGCAAAUGACCAGUUCCAAGACGUGAGACGGGUAGUUCAGAUAUUCCGUAUAAUGCGAAUUCUGAGGAUCCUGAAACUAGCGCGUCACUCAACGGGACUCCAGAGUCUCGGUUUCACACUGAGAAAUUCGUACAAAGAACUCGGGCUGCUUAUGCUCUUUCUCGCGAUGGGUGUUCUGAUAUUCUCGAGCCUUGCAUACUUCGCGGAGAAAGAAGAGCCCGGGACCAAAUUUAUAAGCAUUCCGGAGACGUUUUGGUGGGCUGGAAUCACCAUGACGACCGUAGGUUACGGAGACAUUUAUCCUACGACUCCUCUUGGCAAAGUGAUUGGCAGUGUAUGUUGUAUAUGUGGUGUCCUGGUAAUUGCGUUGCCUAUUCCCAUUAUUGUCAAUAAUUUUGCUGAGUUUUACAAAAAUCAGAUGAGACGUGAAAAAGCGUUAAAACGUCGUGAGGCCUUGGAGCGUGCCAAGCGUGAGGGCAGUAUUGUAUCAUUUCAUCAUAUCAAUUUGAGGGAUGCCUUUGCCAAGAGUAUGGAUCUCAUUGACGUCAUCGUCGACACUGGUCACAACAUGUCAGGUGCAGACGGUAACAGUACCGAGGGCGAAUCGGCUUGCGGACGUGGACCAGCGCAAACUGGAGCCGGUUGCUAUCGGAAUUACGAGCACUACAGUAAUAUACCACGACAACGUAGAAGUGCCUCUUCAUCAUUCCCCCAAGUUUCUAAUGAUAUGCCUACUUCUCCAGACAGUCCUAACCGUCGGCUGCUCGACUUUGCGCAAAAUUUACCGGGUUCCCAGAACGAGGAUUACUACCAGGAUGAGAUGCUUGCUCAACACUCUAACCAAGGCAAUACUACACCUAGCGAUGAAGAUAAAAAAGACAGCAAAAAAUCCGAGAAAUUCGAUGAAAUCCCUAGUGAAUUUGAGUGUUGCUUUUGUACAACUAAGGAAUACAAAGAUUACAGAGACGCUGAAGACAUAAUGCCACUGGCGACAAGUGAUUUCCGUAAUCCAGUAUGCCAAGAAAUGCGUUCGCUGCGCGAGAACAGUAUUGAUACAAGUGCAUUCGGUGAUUUAUUCUCAUACUCAUCACCAUUGAGACAAAUAGCAAUAGCGGCAUCAUCAGCCCCAAUACCAGCUCCAGCUAUUGCAGCCCCGCCGACAGAACCAGCGACCACUCCGGCGACGAGUUAUCCCUCGAAAUCGUACAAUGAACGCGGGAGCGUUGAUAGUUCCGAGACGUACGCGACCUGUCAAACUCAUCCGUUCAAUUCCCAAGAAUUACUGGACGGCGAUGCGCCCAACGAGGCUGACAGCAAUUUGUACAUAAAUCCUUUGGAGGGUGCUGACAACAAAUGCCGGGAAAUAAAUACCGACAAAUCACCCACCGUAGAUCAUCAGUCUGCACUAUUUUCGCCCAGUUCCACUAAUACUAAUCCUACGGAAUUUUCAAAGAGCGUUCAAGUUCAGCACGACUCGAUUAAGGCCAGUGUCAACACUGAUACUUUGCCAAAACAUCGAAAAACCCGUGUUGCUAAGAGCGCAUCAGGACGUAGGCCAACAAUAAUUGGCGACCAGCACAGCAGUAAUCAAAGUAAUACAACGAAAACACCGGAUGGCCUGGAAGACAACAAUAAUUCAUACGUAGGUCUGCGAGGUGGUCGCGGGACUGUUCCUGGGAAUACAUCAAAUACUUCGCUGACGAGUCUCGCAUCGGCAUCGCGAGUGAUAAACCAACAUCUGUUUGGGAAUAGCGGUGGUACUAAGCAAUAUGGCACGACAAGUGGAAACAAACUGUCUCUGUCAGUCGAUUCAAUAGACAGCGAAUCGAUGAUGUCGUACCUAACAGAUCGGCAUCACCGCGCCAAAUCGAUCUUAAAAAAAUCAGAAAGCACUCGGAACGCGUAUUACAACGGCAGUGAUCUGGACGGUGACACCGAAAAAUUAAUUUUGGACAAUGCGAGUCCAAAUAUGAACACCGUUCGCAUCCGUCAAGCGCCGACAUUUUUUUCCGGCCAAGUUUUGGGCGCGCUUUUGCGCUCAAACAACAACAACAAUAACAACAAUAACAACGGCUCACCUAAAUUAUUACUAAGUCCUGCAUCAGGUGAACGCACCACAAAACGUAGUCAAUUAAAAUCAAUAAUGUCUAUUGAUAAUAAUAGAAACAAAAAUAAAGAGCAGACGGCGACGACGACAAUCGACGUGAAUAAUCAAGAUUUAACUUCACGCGUUACGCAAACAAUUAAUGACAAUCAAUCAGUACAACACCAGCAACAACAACAAAAUACACGACCAUCAAAAGUUCAGAAAAAGUCUCGGCGUAACGUCAUUAACGAGAGGAAAAAAGCAUCGAGCGCUGGCGAAAGCUCUACUGACAGCAGCUCGCAUCGUCUUCCUCACGAAUCGCAUCGACGUCUCUCGUAA